AGAUUUUAAGAAUGCACACCCAAAACCUAACAUUUUAGGGCACAGAAUGAGCUAUAUUGAGGAGUGUUUUGCUGGGGCAGCCCAGGAGUUUCUCAUUUGCAUCACCAUUCAUAAGGCUGCCCAUGUGGGGGUGUCCACCGGAGAGCUAUAUGUACGGGUUAGCCUGGACAAGAUGAAUAAAAGCACCAAGACCCAGCCCAAUACAGAAAAUCCCUUCUUCAAUGAGUACUUUGUCUUUGAGUUUCACUGUACCCUUACGGAGCUAAUGCGGUUAACCAUUCUCUUCGAACUGAAGAAGCACAUGAUCUACAAGAAGAACUUGGUGGUCGGAGAGCUCUUGGUGGACCUACAUAGUGUUUGGAAUCAGCCCAAUCAUGGCUACUUCAAGAAGUGGGGUCGUCUGGAGGCACCCAUCGGGGAGAACCAAAGCAUGGAUCCGACUCUGGAGGCCCAUGGGUAUUUGCAGCUUGAUCUGGCCAUUGUUUCCCAACACAGCUCCCCAGUCAGCAGUUUAAGAUCAGAGGAACAAGACACUCACCAUCUCAACAAAUGGACAGUGGAUCGGGAUUAUGAUGAUAUUGAGAAAAACCUCUUAACCAAUGUGACCUCUUUCACUCCGAGCAACAUCCGAUAUUUCAUCACUUUCUUUCGAGGCUACUUUAUCCGGCAGGGAAACUACAUAAUUCAAGUAUCGUUCGCCGGCUACAAUGGCAAAACGCCGAUGGCCAAGAAUACAACGACUCCGGUGUGGAAUCACGAGGUCAACUUUGCUUGGGUUUAUCCAUCGGUGGCGCAACGAUUGCUCAUCCUAGUCCUGUCCCAUGAACAUUUGCAAUGGAAAUGCGUGGCCGAGUUUGAGGUAUCGCUCGAGGAGGUUGCCUUCAAGGCUAUCCCUUCUCUGGGACCCACUUACUUGCAUUUCUAUGAUCCUUUAAAUCCUAUGAUCUAUGUGGGUCGAGUGCUCAUGGAAAUCCGAUCCGAGACCCUCCAUGAGCCACAGCCCAGCCACAAGCUGUCCUCCAAGACAGUGUCAGGUUUGGAUGAGUCUCGUUUUUGGCAUGAUGAAGUAUAUCUUGUAGAGUUUCUUCCCCUGAUGGGUCAUCACAUCCAGACGCCUGCCACCAGCUACAAGAUUUACGCAAAAUUGGCCGAGCAAUGUUCCAAUGCCUUGGAAGGACAAUUAAGGACACCAAAUGGUCGCUUUCGUACGAAUAUGCACUCCAAAAGCUUCCGGCGGGAAGUUCCUUAUAGAUCCUGUACGUUCCGGGCUCGAUUGCCGGAUAAUAGGGCCAAAUACGAGAGUGAUUUCUUCAUGCUGGAUAUAACAAAUUAUAUGCGCUCUGAACUGGAAAUUUUCAAGGUUUUUCAACUGAAGCACCCCUUGCAGGACGAGGAUCAGGCCAAGUGCCUUAAGGCCAUCGUAGGAAAUAUUCUGACCAAGGUCAAGGAGGGGCUGGAGGCCCAUCGCUUCGACCACGAGGUGCAUCCCCAGAGGACCACCUGGGACAUCAACCGACAGCUCUACCUACUCGACUACUUUGCCAAGUUGCCAAACGAACUUGGUCUACUGAGGCAGAAGCUGCGCAGCUGUUUCCUGGAACACCUGGACGCCACCAUUGUGGAUGUGGUCAAUGAGUUGCACAGAUUAAUGGCUGAAAUCGGAGCUCUUUCGGGCAUGGCGCGACUGCAGGAUGAGUGGCCGGAGUUGGUUCUUUACCUGAGUGCUGGCGGCAAGGAUUUGGGUGUUUGUCGUCUAAAUGCCAAGCUAUUUGUGCACUUGGCGAAGCAACAGAGCAACACGCAGCAGGAUACUCUGUGUUUCCGCCUCAAGAGUUUCAUUUUCAAGUCCACCAGUUGCACCCACACCUGUCCCAAUUGUGGAUGCACCACCGCCAUAGUCAUAGGAUGCCUCGCCAUUGUGGUGGAGAGGGAACGACAGCACUUUCUCAACAUUAUCAACAACGAUUGGACGUGCCUUGAGCCCAUGGUGUGGCAACCGACUCCUGCACAGACCCACUUCCUCUGCCAUGUCUACAUUCACCAGGCCAAAGUUCGGCCUGGAGGCGAGAAGAAAAACAUCUGCGACUCUCAUGUGAGAGUCCUUUUUGCGGAACAGGCAGCGGAAACAUACACAUCCCCCGGCACCCUUUCGCCAAUCUGGAAUGCCGUGAUCACCUUUAACUCUUUGAUGUUACCUGGAAGUGUGAAUCUAUAUAUACGAAAUCCUCCCUUGAUUUGUGUGGAGUUCUACAACACGGAAAGGAUCCUCUCAGACGAUCUGGUGGGCAUUGGCAAUGUGGCAUUAAGUGUUAUCAGCGAGGACCGAGCCACCGACUCUAGUUGGGACGAUACUGGGGGCUUUGGUAGUUGCCUGCGAAAUCCCGCCCAGAACUUGCAGCGCCUAAAGUACCUAACUCCACCUCCCUUGAAGUGGGUGCCAGUAGCUAGGAAGGGAACAGUCCAGGCGGAGGUCCUCAUGUCGGCAGAACUUAUUGAAAUGUCAAUGGAACCAGGAAUACUGGAAUUAAAGAAGGACCCAGUUAUGGCCACUGGUAUACCCGUUGCUAUCCGGCCGAAUAUGCAGAAUUUUAUACUAGAAGUGUUCUUUGUGGGCCUUCGAAACUAUUCCAAAACCAGCAUGAGCUCGGCUGGCAAGCGGAAGAUUAGGGUGAUGAUGGGCGACUUAGUGCUAUCCAGUGGACCCUCGACUGCACGAGUUCGUAAUAGCAUUAACUUUUUGGUGGCCUAUAACUCUGGAGUGGUGAGUCUGCCGGAACAGCAAGAGUAUUGGCCAGCAAUUAUAGCCACUGAUGUCCUGCUCUCUGGCUUUAGCAGUGAGUCCACCUUGGGAGCUGCCCUCAUUCCGAACUCAUCCAAUUUCCUUCAACGCGAUAAAACUAUAAAGUGUGUUCCAAAAACAGAAGGAACAUCUGGAGAUGCAUCUAUUAAGGUAGGGGAGGACGAAAGAGAGGAAGAGGAAGAUGAGGACUGGGAUGAACUGGAGUGGGAGGAGGUGGAUGAGUCGCCUCCCACCAGGAUAAGCAGCUGGUGGAUGCGUUUCUUCUUCGCUAUGGGACUGCGACCAGCCCCCUAUGCUAAUCGGCAGACUUUGAGGAACGAUCGAGUCUUUGAGGACAAGGAUCUGGUGGAGGAGAGGGAGUUCACAUGGUGGACCAAGUUCUACAAUUCGAUGUACUGGACUGCAGCGGAAAUAUCGCACGAAAACAAGCACCGGCUGGUCAUCUUCCCCGACGAACUGGAAAAGCAGGCACAGUUUGGAUACCUUCAGGAUUGGGCAGUACCCGUUCAAUUGGUCCAUGGUGUAAAGUUCAAGAAACAGGCUCCUCCAAGGGAAGAUGUCUAUGCCACACUGAAGUUGCAACUUAAGCUAACUCCUUGCCAGUGUCCUGUUCUACCGGAUCCUGGAGGAGGUGGCGAUGGGUUGCCUCAUCAUUUCCCAAAUACCAUUAGUCCCCGCAAUCAGGCAGCUAUCCACGCCCUGGGGGAAACCGUAAAGCUGAUUGUUAGGAUUUAUAUAGUCCAAGGUGUGCAAAUGCGGCCCCGGGACAUGAGAGGUGACUCCGAUUCUUAUGUAAAGAUAUUCCUGGGUGGCAAGACCAUGUCUGAUCGGGCUCAUUAUUCGCCGAAUCAAAGCAAUCCGGUAUUUGGACGCUUCUUUGAACUGGAAGCCUCGUUGCCGGGGGAUAAUAUGCUGCAGAUUGUGGUGUACGACCACGACAAGUUCAAGGAUGAGGUUAUCGGCCAAACCACCAUCGAUUUGGAGGAUCGCUGGAGGACCAGGCAUCGUGCCACCGUAGGUCUGGCCAACGAGUAUACCCGGAGUGGCUAUAAUCACUGGCAUGAUCUGAUGUUACCCUCAGAGAUUUUGGUGGAUCUCUGCCAGAAACGGGGCAUCCAACCACCUUAUUACUACGGCAACGUUAUUGAAGUAGAUGGAGUGCUCUUUGGAGAUGAGACCGUGAUAUCAAAGGAUGAGGAGCUUCAAGAGCGACUAAGCUUGGCUGUCCUUAAGAAUUUUGAUAAGCUGCCCUCCUUUGGCUAUAAACUGAUCCCAGAGCACGUGGAAACACGUUCCCUGUGCCGAGAUGAUUAUCCCAACGUUGAGCAGGGUAAGCUGCAGCUUUGGAUCGAACUAUUCGAAUCGAACAUCUAUGUGCCCCAACCGAUUGACAUUACCCCAGUGCCGCCAUCGGAAUUCGAGGUUCGUGUUGUGGUUAAAAAUCUGAAAGGCAUACAGUUUGCGGACAAAAACAUUUUCGGGAAACUAAUGAGCGACAUCUAUGUAAUUGGAUGGUGCGAGGACGAGGACAAGCGCCAAUCGACCGAUAUCCAUUACCGCUCAUUUGUUGGCGAGGCGUCCUUUAAUUGGCGCAUGGUCUUCGGCAUGAAGUACUCCCCCAACGAGGACCUGAUGGUUAUCCGACGAAAGGCAGGCUUGCUGGAGGAGAUCGAGUUCAAGAGGCCACCGGUGAUUUACUUGCAGGUCUGGGACAAGGACGUGAUUACCAGAGAUGAAUACCUGGCCGCCGUCGAGCUGAAUCUCUCCAAUAUGCCGAUGCCCUAUCCCAGUGCCCACCUUUGCAAGCCGUAUCCACCGAAGAGGAAGCGCAUAAAUCUCUUCAAGCGCAAGGUCAUCCAAGGAUGGUUCCCUCUCCAGAGCAAUCCAAAUCCCUUAAUGAAAGUUGCUUCCAAAGAUCAGAAUGCCAGGAUGCAGCUGCAGAUAGAGGUCUGCACGGAGGUGGAGGCUGCUAACCGGCCGGCAGGACGGGGUCAGGAUCCACCUAUGGCCUUGGAGGCACCCUACAGACCGGAUACGUCGUUCAAUCCACUCACGCAUCCCUGUAAAUCCUUCCAGCAUAUCCUCUGGCCAGCCAUCCGGAAAUAUGUGCUAUGGACUGUGUUUGUAUUGAUAAUUAUCCUCGGCUUAGUGUUGUUCUUUUCCAAUUUACCCAGCAAGCUUAUGGGUAUUCCACUAGAGUGA